UUAAACCUUUUUGAUCAUCUCCAUUAGCUCUUGAGCCGAUAACAAAAUCUCCCGUUAUGGCAAGUCUCAUCAUCAAACAAGCUUUCUUGAUGCUCUUAAUCGUGUUUUCAGGCAAUGUCUUUACCUCUCGUGCUCGAGUUCUUCGUGGGGAUCAUGUCCGGACCACGAACGAAAUGGAUAGUCGGAUUCUUUUGCGUAAACUAGGGUUCGAUCUCUCCAAGAUUAAAGGUUACGAAGGAAGAGUAAUGGUGGAAUCCGACAGGGUUUCUCCCGGAGGACCCGACCCGCAGCACCAUUAAUAUAUAUACAUAUAUACAUAUAUAUAUAUAUAUAUAUAUAUAUA